AUGGCUUCCGCCCCUCUUACCAGGUUCGAGGGAAUUUUCCCGAUUCUGGCGGAUGAUAUAAAAAAGCAAUGCAUUGAACAAUACGGCCUUCCGGUUCGGGUUUGGCAAUGGUUCGAGAAGUCGUUAAGUCACAACGCCCUCGGUGGAAAAUGCAACCGCGGACUCUCCGUCGUCGAUACGGCGCGGCUCCUGCUGGAGCGCGACCUGACACCAGAGGAGUAUUUCCAUACCGCUACCCUGGGUUGGAUGAUCGAGUUCCUGCAAGCUAUGAUGCUUGUUCUUGACGAUCUCAUGGACGCCUCCAGUACGCGCCGCGGCAGGCCAUGCUGGUAUCUUAUGCCCGAUGUUGGCAUGAUUGCUGUCAAUGACGCCCCUAUGAUCGAGAGCGCUAUAUAUAUCUUAUUGAAGAAACAUCUCCGAGAUCAUCCAGCAUAUGUAGAUAUGGUGGAACUGUUCCAUGACGUGUCUUUCCGAAUCGAAUUAGGGCAAACUUACGACAUGCUGGUUGCCCCUCAAGACUCAGCGGUCGUCAAUUUUGCAGGUUUCAACCAAGACACGUACAACGGGAUCGUCGCCUACAAGACGGCGUACUACAGCUUCCACCUGCCCGUCGCGCUCGCAAUGCUUUACUGUGGCUGUGCCUCUCCUAGGAACAUGGAGCAGGCCGAGAGCAUCCUUGUGGCCAUGGGGACGUACUUCCAGGUUCAGGAUGACUACCUUGAUAACUUUGCCGACCCAACCGUGCUCGGCAAGGUCGGCACUGAUAUUUUGGACGGCAAGUGCUCGUGGUUAGCCGUCCAGGCGCUGGAACGGUGCAAUGCUGAGCAGAGGCUGCUCUUGGAAGAGAACUAUGGCCGGAAGGAAGCCGCCCACGAGAGGAAGAUUAAGGAUCUCUACGAUGAGCUCAAACUCGAUGAGGUAUACGCCCAGUAUGAAGAUGCCAAGGUGGCCGAGAUCAGGCAAAUGAUUGACGACGUGGAUGAAUCCGAGGGCUUGAAGAAGAGUGUAUUCACCGAGUUUUUGAGGAAGAUCUAUAAGAGGAACAAGUAG